UUUUCGAGUUAAAGACACAGUUAAAGCAACUUAAGAGUGCAUUUCAGUUUGAUAAUCGUGUUAAUUUAAGUGUAGUAGGCGAGGACUACUGGUACGAAGUUUAUCUUUCUGCUUUUCAAAUAUAGAUCACUAAAAGUUGUCCAUAGUGUAAUCAAUAUAUGGAUCUUAAAGGCAGUGGCGACAUGUCGGAGAGAAUUGGGAAACUACAAAGUCUGGACGGAUUUAAUUUUGGCUUUAGCGAUGCGAACGAUCCGAAUGAAAAUUUAAAGGUGGAGACUUUGGUUAGAGUGGGAAGUCAGAUCAAGGAAAUCUCCAUUUGGGCUCACCGACUUGUUAAAAAGGCGGAUAAAAAUUUGAAAGCUGCAGGAUUACUGUGUUUGCUUGGAAAAACUAGCAUCGAUAAAUCUGAAGGUGAUGAUCACAGUUAUGAACUUCAUGUGAUGAUUCCAAGUGUGGGUUUGGUACAUAAUCCUAAGAUGAGACGGGUCUUGCAUGCUUGUACUGGACUUGAAAGACUGAUCCUCGAUCGAGUUUCGAAUUUAACGAUUUUGUUAAGCCAUAAUUAUCCAAAAUUGAAGGAAAUCGAAGCGUAUGUAAUGGAAGAUGAAUACAUUUUUCAACUUGCGCAACAUUACCCAACAGUACAGUCGGUUCAAUUGUCGUUUGGAUGUGGUUCGUGCUGUUCCGUUAAGCGAUUCGCUGCUCUUAAAAAUGUUACCGACAUUCGUCUCGGUUGCGAUUCUGAUCACAAUCGAGAUUUAUUUCGCUUAAUACGUGAAGUGCCUAAGGUCACAUUUAUUGACGUGACGCUGUCCAAUCACGUUCAAGUCAAUCUGCUGGCGAAUUUGGACUUCUUUCCAAACCUGAAGAAGGUGUCGGUUCACUUUACAACUGACUUUGGUUAUGGCGAAACGUUCAAGAAUUUCUUAGUUACUCGUGGCAAUAUGUUGGAGUUGCUAAUGAUUGACACACACGAUUUUGUGGACGUUCCAAAGGUAAUACUGGAGAAUACAAACGGAAUAAGUCAAUUAUCCUGUCGAUUCCACAUAAAAACACAUGCUAACAUAACCAAAGAUCAGUUCGAAAGCAUCUUUAAAAUUCCAGUUCGUAAUGAGAAAACGAUAACUUUCAAGGUCUCGAAUAACAAAGAGCAGAAACGGAUCGAGACGUUGGUCGAGAAAUUUCAGCCCAAGUCAGUGUCGUACAAGAUGAAGGUCUAUGUAGUUACAACCGACGAUUUUCAUGUCCUACCCAUUGACGAAUUGCAUAUUAAUAAUGAUUGAUUCUUAGAUUUAAUGUUUUAUGUACGUGAAAGAGAGAAGAAAAUAUAAUUGGAGUUUCUGGAAACAU